AUUUACAGGCUGAACGUACUUUAUUUCAGUUUUACUUAUUUCGCGCCGCAGUGAUCGUGUCGUCACAGGCUGCAAUCGCUAGCUAAUGCACAGCUAGCUUCACGUUUUUUAAGCUCAUUUUUAUUAAUAGUGGGAUAAUAAUACUUUUGAUGGGCAUGCCGAGGAAAAGCUCCAGACAAAUUAGAAAGUACACGCUGACAUACAAAUCGAGGCCGCACGGGAGGUCACGUCGGCCCGCUAGAACCAUCAUCACCCGCAGCCUGGUCACCAGCAGCCCCGGAGGCUUCUUCCAGAGGCUGCCGUCAGAGCUGUUCGACAUGAUCCUGGACAAACUGUCUGUGCCAGAGAUCAGUGUGUUCAGCAUGGCGUCCAGAGAAAUCACUACAUAUGUGGUGGACUACAUCUCAACGCAGGCCUGGAUGAAUAAAAUGAUCGUCCACAACUUCCACCACACCUCCAGCCUUGAACACACAGCUACCGUCGCACAGUACAGAAACCUGGGGUUGUUAUUCAAGAGAUGCACCCUGCUACUACCAACAAAGGAGAGGUUAAAAUAUAUUUAUAGCAGGUUUUCAAUGAUCCCCUGCUUCAUGCUGGAGCAGUGUGUGGUUCCAGACUGCAUUGGCUUUUCCUGCCAUGGUGUCUUCCUCCAGACACUAAUUGCAGGGUGGGAUCAGCUGGAGUGCUACAGGGUGUUCAACUUCAUGUGUGCCACCACAAACCUGCUACAGAAAAUUCAGACAGUCGUUACAGCACAACCUGGUCGGAGAUGGUACCAGGAGCUGCAGCUCCGUCUUUUUUGCCGUCUGGUUUUGUUGGACCCAUGCCUGCACCAGCCAGACUGUCACUUCUGGCUGACACAGAUCCUGAAGCCUUGGCCUAUUGUCAGUCAGGCACAUUUACUGAUUAUCCUCUAUGGCCCCCUGCAGCCCAAGGGCACUCUUUGUUGGCAAGAUCUGGAGGAGAGGGGGCUUCCUCACACUGCUCUGUGGGACCUCGCUAAGGCCAUCCUUCUGCUUUAUGGCAAACAGGAAGUAAGAGACUGGACCACCAAAUCGAUGCUGGCAAUCCUGCAGGAGCUCACUGUCAUUCCCCGGCCAUGGCAUGGGGACAAUGUGGCCCGUUUACUGGUACUGUGUGGCAGCAAGCUCUGCUACACUAUACUUGCCAGCAUGGCUUUGAAUGGAAAACUACUUGAUGUCUCCAGACUCAUCGUCUACAUGACACUGGUGUGCGAGAAGGACGGUUAUCACAUGAGCUGGGUGGUGAAAUUGGUCCAGGAGAUUUCUAAGGCGUUCAACACAGGUCCUGAAAAGUUCUUCUUCAUCCAGCAAGUGGAGAAGAUGUUUUCUGAUAUCACCCGGGAAUUCUUUGAGUUUUCUCUAACAGGGAACCUUGAGGACAGGGAGGGUUUCCAGAACCUCUGCAUCCUUCUGGACUCCAGUGCACGUUUUCACACUGAAUUCCUCCAAAUGUUCCUUAAACAGCAAUGAUGCAAAUUAAAUAUGUCCAAAAGUGAGGAAGAGG